CAAAUGAUGAUAACGAUAAAUUGACAAUUUUUUUCCACAGUUUGUUUCUUUUAUUCAUAUUGUUUUUGCAACUGUCAUUUGUUUUUUUUUCUGUUUCUUUAUCAGACAGAUUUAUUGCAUCGGACGGAAACAACAACAAAAAUAUUGGCUUUUUUAUUUGGCUGAUUGGUUAUUGUUUUUUUUUAUUGAAAAAUCGAAAUAACGGUUUUUAUAUUAUUAACAUAAAAAUAUGCCUAAAAUUGAUUAUGAUUCAAUGAAUAUGGAAACAUUAGAAGAUUUUAUGAAUUCCGAAGAAGAAGAAUAUGAUGAUGAUGAUGAUGAACGUCGUAUUAUAACAAUUGAUGGUAUUGAUAUUGAAGCAACCACUGUACAAGUAUUAGAAUGUCUUAAAACAAAUCGUAUUGUUGAUCAAAAUAUCAAUCUAGAUGAAUUUGAUUUCUUUUUACAAGGUCUAAAAUUAGAAGGUAUAACAUCAAUCAUAUCACAAUGUAAAUUGGUUGAAGGUGCACGACAACAAACACAAUUAAUUAAUAUAAAAUUGGUUAUACAACCGGAUGAAAAACGUAUUGAAAUUAUUGAUAUUUUAAAACCACAUGAAAAUGCUGAUAGUAUGGAUCAAGAUGAUGGUGAUAUGAUGCCAUCAACACCAACAAGUGGACCAUCAAAACAAAUUAAACGUGAAUCAAUUCAACCAAAACGUUUAAUUGGUGGUUUAAAAAAUCAUUCAGUCAAUUCACCGACAGUUGUUUCACCGGGUAAUCGUUCUGGUAAUAAUGGUCAAAUUCAAUUAUGGCAAUUUUUAUUGGAAUUAUUAACCGAUGCUGAUUAUCGUGAAUUCAUUCAAUGGACUGGUUUAGAAAGUGAAUUUAAACUUUGUAAUCCUGAAAUGGUUGCACAAUUAUGGGGACAACGUAAAAAUAAACCAACAAUGAAUUAUGAAAAAUUAUCAAGAGCAUUACGUUAUUAUUAUGAUGGUGAUAUGAUUGCAAAAGUACAUGGUAAACGUUUUGUUUAUAAAUUUGUAUGCGAUCUUAAAUCAAUUAUUGGUUAUGAUGCAUUAGAAUUAAAUGAUUUAGUUCGUGAAGUAUAUGAUAAACGUAAAGGAUCAUUAUAUUAAUUAUAAUCAACAUUAUCAUCAUAUUUUUUUAUUAUUAUCAUUUCAUUUCAAUAAAUAAACAGAAAAACCAUUUGAAUAUUUACCAUUUUUAAUUAACAUUUUUUUGUUUCGUUUGGACAAAAAAAAACAUUUGAUAAUUUUGGUAAUUUCAAACAUCCAAAACACAUUGAUUAUUUGAUUCAAAAAAACAUUCAAUUCAUUCAGUGAUUCUAAAAUUGUUUUUCAAACAUAUUCUUUCAUAAAUUCAAUAAAUACAAUGCGCA